GAGAAAUCCCGCCCCUAGCUACCAGGGAGCCAAUGGCCGGCAGGAUACGGUUGCCAGGGUCUAGCGUCGCUGCUCCCCGCGCAGAUGGCGGCCCCUAGGCCUGGUUGCUGCUUCGGGGCGAUGCAGGCUCAGCGGCGGGAAGGAUAUGGACUGUAUGUUUAUUCUAAUUCUUUUUUUCACUAUGAAGGAGAAUGGAAACAAGGAAGAAAACAUGGUCAUGGUAAGCUGUUAUUUAAGGAUAGAAGUUAUUAUGAAGGCGAGUUUGUAGAUGGAGAAAUUAUGGGAAAUGGAUUGCGAUACUGGGCAUCUACAGGAAACACUUACUCAGGUCAGUUCGUUUCUGGAGAGCUCCAUGGACAUGGAGUCAUGCAGUAUAAAGAUGGUGGGAAAUAUGAAGGGGAGUUCUCCUAUGGAAUGAGAGCAGGACAUGGAUUACUUGUUGACAAGGAUGGACAAACUUAUCAAGGAACCUUUCACAAUAAUAAGAAACAUGGAGGAGGGAAAAUGACCUUCAAGAAUGGUGAUAAGUAUGAAGGAGACUGGAUCCUGGACCAGCGACAGGGGCAUGGGGUACUCUAUUGUGCCGAUGGAACUGUAUAUGAGGGACAGUGGAGAAAUGAUGUGUUCAAUGGACAGGGCACUAAAAUUCAUUGUUCUGGUGUCAUCUAUGAUGGAUUGUGGAUCAAUGGCUACCCUGCUGCUCAAGCAAAGAAGAUGGUAAUUUUGGGCCCGGAAGUUAUUGAUGUAAUCCAAGGGUCUGCUAUCACCCUUCAUGUCCAGCUACAGAAUGAAGAAGGAGAGGUUUCUGAAUAUGAGAAUGGUCGACUUUUGGAGAUCUGGGCUGGAGUCAAAAACCAUCAAAUUCCAGCCAGUUCUUCUACCAGCUUAUUCAAGUUAAUUGAAGAAGUUGAGAGGAAGCCAGUGAAAACCCCUUUUGGAUUUGAGUGUAUUAACUAUCCUUUGAUGGAUGCUGUGUCUGGAAGCUGGGAACUGAAAGCUGCUGUCCCUAUAUCUGGCAAAUCUGGAUUUGCACUGGCUGAUUUACCAAUCCCUAAGGGAGAUAUAGAGCCAGAAUCUAGAUCAGACACUCUGCUUGGAACAGGAGAUGCCCCUAGCAAUGAGGAUGGAUUUGAAGGUGAAAGUCUCUGUCCUCCAGCCAGUCAGAGAGUGGAACGUGGCUGUGUUGUUUUCAGAAACAUCAUGCUUGCACCUCCUCCGGCUAAUUAUCAACCAUUCAUGCUUUUGGAUGAACUAAACAAAAAAGGAGGCAAAAAGCCAAGUGGAAAGAUAUCUGCUGAGAAAGCUGAGAAGAUGACAGUCUCACAGGAGAAAAUUGUAGACAGCAGGUCUGAAGUGACAGCCAAAGGGUACAAGUCAAAACAGGAUCAGCACCCCAUGAAGAACUCUAGAGUAUUGCCAGGCCAGUAUGUGAUUAUGGUCCAUGAAGUGACCAUGCCCCCAUUCCUGGGCCAGACUCUCCCACCUGCUUUCAAACUCUUGAGGGUUUUGCCAGAGAAAACCAAAGUCAAGAACAUUAAAAAGGAAACUAUGAAAGUCACCAGCAUGUAAAGAAGGAACAUAAAUGGGUAAAGAGUCAGGAUCCUUAUCCAGCACCCACUGAAGUCAGUGGAAGUUUUACCAUUGAGUACAAUGGGAGUUGGAUUAAGUUCUUGAGCCUUGAUCGUGCCCAGGCAGUUGGGGUUUAAGUUUGAAUAUUGUGGACCAAUCAAAGCAAAGAAAUAAUUGACCACCAGAGAUCCAUUUCACACUGGUCCUGUCUGGUAACAUUUUAGAAGACAAAUAGAUAUUUCAGAUUGUAUUAUGAAAAGUAGGUAAAAGACUGUCAUCAAAUCUAUUUUUCAGCAGUACAAUAGAACCUCAGACUUCUGAACACCUCAGGAAUGGAGGUUGUUUGUAACUCUGAAAUGUUCAUAACUCUGAACAAAAUGUUAUGGUUGUUCUUUCAAAAGUUUACAGCGGAACAUUGACUUAAUGCAGCUUUGAAACUUUACUAUGCAGAAGAAAAAUACUGCUUUUCCUUUACUUUUUUUAGUAGUUUAUGUUUAAUAAAGCACUGUACUGUAUUUGCUUUUUUUUUUUGUCUCUGCUGCUCUCUGAUCAUGUACUUCUGGUUCCAAAUGAGGUGUGUGGUUGACUGGUCAGUUUAUAACUCUGGUGUUCGUAACUCUGAGAUUCUAUUGUAUAUAAAUUGUGUGUAUUUUAACAGAAUUGAAUUCAAAUAAACUGGAGUUUAUGCAACAGUUUGAUCAGAUAAUGAUGAUAUAAAACCUUUUGAACCAGCUGGGCAGCUAAUAGAUGAAAAUGUACAUAGCAAAUUAAUUUUUAUGGCCACUAUGAACACCUCUGUAAUAACAUGUGUACUAAUAUAUUGGUCUGUGCAUAAAGUUUUGUUCAUUACCUAUAUAUUAAAAACACUUACCCACUACAAGAUGGCAACCAGGCUGCUAUCCUCUGUCUUGAAACUGGUUCCUGUCAUCACCUAAGGAGGAUAAAAGCUGGGUUAAUUAUUCCAAAAAUGUCUUUGUUGAAUAGUCCAGAAAUGAAGCUGAGUGGUGGUGGUAAAGUGUUGAGUUGAACCAAUUGUAACAUAUUUGUGUUAGUGGCAGCUACUGUUAGAAAUACAAUAUAGAAUGCCAUAUUCGAUGAAAUGUUCAAGAUGUAAUCAUAAAACACAUGAAAGUUAGCCAUGUAACAAGAAAAGAAUGGAGUUCUGAGUGUAAAAAAGGAUCAGACAAAAAUAAGGGAUUUUAAAAAAUUAAAUAAGAGCAUCUCCUGGAAAAACAAAAUCAUUACUAUCUGGCAAGGGUUUAUCAGUGUGAUUUACUACCAAAUGCCAACAUCUAAAAUGAAAACUUAUGGUAAAAAGUAGAGCAGGUGGAAAACAUGUUAAAACUCAAAAUGGGAAAUUUUCUUUGAUGUGUCUGCUUGUUGAUUCAGAAUUCCCCAUUUUCAAUCAUCUGAGUUUUUUAAAAAAAAUUUUUUGAGAUUAAAACCUUACCUGAUAUUUAACAUUGUAUUAAGUGCAUUGACUGACUGCAGAAUACAGAGAGCAUUGAAGGGGGAAACUAUGUAGUGAUCUGUAUAACUGCUCAGACCUGAGCUCAAUGUAAGCUCCAACACUUUGUCUCUUUCACCAACUGAAGCAGGU